CCGCAGAAACGUGCAGGCAGCAGGCAGGAGGAAGCUGUGUGAGCCGCCGCAGGGAGGAAACCGACGCACACAGCGACACGACCGGCGGGCGGGCUACGGUGGUGGUGGUGGCGUGGCGUGGCGGUGGUGGUCGGACACCGGUUAAUCUGUCGACCCAGAGGCGGCUGGCUCUCUCCCGGAGAGUGAAUGAGGUUGAUGCUGCUCUGCUGCACGUGGAAGGACGAACGCAUGGGAGAGGAGGAAGCAGGAGGAAGUUUGCCCGUCUGUGCGGGAUGCAAACAGAGGAUCUACGAUGAGCAGUACCUCCAGGCCCUCAACACUGACUGGCACACCGUCUGCUUCAGAUGUUGUGAGUGCAGCGCCUCGCUGUCCCACUGGUAUUACGAAAAAGAUGGCCGGCUCUUCUGCAAGAAGCACUACUGGGCCAAAUUCGGGGAGCUGUGCCACGGCUGCAAUGAUCCGAUCACCACCGGCCUCAUCAUGGUCGCAGGGGAACAGAAAUAUCACCCAGAAUGCUUCACCUGUCUGAACUGCAGGACGUUCAUUGGUGAUGGAGACACAUACGCUUUGGUGGAGAGAUCCAAACUCUACUGUGGUCACUGUUACUACCAGACCAUCGUCACCCCGGUGUCGCUGCCGGACUCACCAUGCUCGCGAAUCCCUCACACGGUCACACUGGUGUCCAUCCCAGCCUCUGCCGAGGGCAACAACGGACGCAGAGGGCGCGGUUUCUCUGUGGCCAUCGACCAGCCGCUCAGCCCGAACAAGGGCUACAGCCCUGAUCAUGGACACACUGUCAGAGUCUCCCAAGUGGACGCAGACUGCAUCAGCCCAGAUGUGAAAAAUUCCAUUCAUGUUGGAGAUAGGAUCCUGGAAAUCAACGGGACACCCAUUCACAACGUUCCUCUGGAUGAGAUCGACCUGCUGAUCCAGGAGACGAGUCGGCUGCUGCAGCUCACCAUCGAGCAUGACCCUCACAGUCAGGGGCAGGAGGGAGGCUCCUCGGAGGCUGAGGAGCAGGUGGAUGGGCCCCUGUCCACCCCUUUCUCCGAGGGGCCCAGCCCCAUCCUGCCCAUCACCCAGCCCCCCAACCCCGACAUCAGCAACCUGAGAUCCCGCAUUAUCACGCGGAGCUACAGCAUUGAUAAGUCGCCAGGCUCCAGCAACGCAGCGUCCCCCAUCUCCCAGAGGAAGGAUAUCAAUCGAUCAGAGUCACUCCGCGUCGUUUCAAACCGGACACACCGCAUCUUCCGCCCGUCUGACCUCAUCCAUGGAGAGGUGCUGGGGAAAGGCUGCUUUGGACAGGCCAUCAAGGUGACCCACAAGGAGACAGGGGAGGUGAUGGUGAUGAAGGAGUUGAUUCGCUUUGACGACGAGACACAGAGAACAUUCCUGAAAGAGGUGAAGGUCAUGCGUUGCUUGGAUCACCCCAACGUGCUCAAGUUCAUCGGAGUCCUCUACAAGGACAAGAGACUCAACUUCAUUGCAGAGUACAUAAAAGGAGGCACCUUGAGGGAAAUCAUCAAGAAAAUGGACAGCAACUAUCCCUGGAACCAGCGCGUCAGUUUUGCCAAGGACAUAGCUGCUGGGAUGUCAUAUCUGCAUUCCAUGAACAUAAUCCACCGGGACCUGAACUCACACAACUGUCUCGUCCGGGAGAACAACACGGUGGUGGUGGCGGACUUUGGACUGGCUCGGCUCAUGGUCGACGACAAGCAUGAAGAGAAGCUGUCGCAGGGGAAACUGUCAGGUCUGAAGAAGCCCGACCGCAGGAAGAGGUACACUGUGGUGGGAAACCCCUACUGGAUGGCUCCUGAGAUGAUCCACGGGAAAAGCUAUGAUGAGAGAGUAGACAUCUUUUCCUUUGGUAUCAUGCUCUGCGAGAUAAUUGGCAGGGUGAACGCAGACCCAGACUACCUCCCCAGGGCGAUGGACUUCGGUCUGAACGUGUCUGGUUUCCUGGAGCACUUCUGUCCCCCAGAUUGUCCCCGCGCUUUCUUCCCCAUGGCUGCUGUGUGCUGUGACCUUGAUGCAGACAAACGCCCUGCUUUCUCCAAACUGGAGGAAUGGCUGGAGAACCUGAAGAUGCACUUGGACAUUGGUCUGCCCCUGGUGUCUGAACUGGACCAGCUGCACAAGGCCUUCUGGGAGAACCACAGUAUCACACGCCCUGAGAACGGCCUGCACACCCACCCCGAACAGCCGGAGUAGGACUGGACAUGAUGGGAAGGCGUGGGAAGUUAGAGAUAACCCCCCCAACAGGGUGGCGACCGCCUGCCUCAGGUGGUGCAGUGGCCGGAGGUGUCGUGUAAAUACCCCUCCAAGUUUGGAGCAGAUGCAGCGGGCUCAGGCUGGCUCAGGCUUAAUGAACAGACUCAGGGGGAUGAAUGUGGAUGUGAAAAGCCACCCGUGCGAGAUGCACACACACACACAAACAAACACACAUUCAUUGUCAAAUCAAGAGACAUUACUCUAUGAUAGCUAGAUUCUGCUGCACCCGAAGCUAAAGUGGAACACGUCAUAUGCAAUCAGACCCGACUUUAAAGUCAUGACUCAGCUCCUGAAUCAUAUAGGUUUUACAUUAGUAGUCAACCCAUUCAAAAAUACUUGCUGUAGUUACUGUUGUGUGUAUGUGGAUAAAGUAGUCCAAAAAACAAGGCACAAAGCAAACCUGCAGCCUCCUCACUUCAGGCCUCUACAGAGUACAUAGUGCAGUAUGUGUUUGCAGGUGUUUUCUGUGUGAGUUUGGUUUGAUUUUGCUUUUUGGUUUGGAUCUCAAAACCGAAACUUAGGAAAAAAUGCAAAGGGGAGGGGCCCAGUCUGCCACUGAAGACACACAGGUUGAGAUCAACUCGCUGUCCACUUGUACAAGUCAAACAAAAACCUUUCAAGCUUUAAAUAGCUCGCUGAAGAGUGCAUGACUGUAAAUAAUGCUGUCAGGUCAGAUCCUUGUUCAUCAUGUCCCCUCUGACCUCAGACCUACUUGUGUCUAUGGCGCUGCCCCUCUCCCUCAUCUGUUGUGUAGCACGGACGCAGCACUGAGUUACACAUCUGUCAGCGUAAAUUCGGUACAUUGUCUCCCCAAUUUUAAGAGCUGUUGGUGUAUCUCAUUCAUAUUGACGUGGCAUCUUAGUUCAUGCAUUCACACCAGUGUACAUAGCUGGCGACAUUGUAAAUGUUUUAAAUAUUGUAAAUGUACAGACAUAUUUUAUAUACGUAAUGCUACAUUGCCAUAUUUUUAUUGGCCGACCAGUUGAAAUUAAGGAGAGUAAAAGUUUGACUGCAGUUAAAAAGGCACAGCCGAAAGUUUUAUUGUUUUUUUCGUCACCACUGUGGCAGGUUAGAGGUUUGAGAUAUGAGGAAUCUUAAAACCACAAAGCAUCUCCAACCCUCAGUUCAAGCUCAGUAAAUGUUACAUUCUGUUAUUUCCCUCCAUCAAACGUUUCAUCGGCCCUCUCUCGAGUUUUCAUGUCGCCAUAGAUGUGUGCUGGAGUAAAGUUAAUCAUAAUACUGGAUUAUUUAAUCACAUCAAAUUGUUGGAAAGGGGUUUAUCGCCCUUUUUUAACUUGCUGAACUGAAUCUGCACAUUAUGAUCAAAGCAAAUUAUAUGUGAUAUGAUGAUUUUGAGGGUCGAUUUGUUAUUGAUUCUCUCUCGUCUCAUGUACUGUACAGUAGUUCAGGUGUGUGAAUAAUAUCACCAGGUACUGUCUCAUCAUGUUGGCCGUCUCUCCUCCUGUGGAUAACUCACUGUUUGUUUACAUGUAAAUGCAAAGCUGUAAAUAUCACUGUAUAUAUGUACAUGUCUGUCCUCAUCUCUGUCUGCGUGCAUCGCAUAAAUAAUGUGCACUCCUCAGAAAUAAUCUCCUCCACUGGUCAAAUUUAUCUCUCGCACCUUCGAACAUAAGAUUUCUGUCUCUAAUGGUUUUUUUGUUUCAAAUUUCCUGCUGUUGUUUUCACAAGCUGCAUGAUGUACUAGGUAGGUCUGUUCAGUUUCUACACCGAGCUAUUUUUGUCUCUAAAUAUUGUGAUUUUAAAUAAGAAAUCAAAGAUCGAAAGACAAAAAAAGUCAACAGAGAAAGCCAGGCUAAAACAGAAAUGAGAAAAGAAAAACACAGCAUUUGUUGUUUUUAUAUAUAUAUAACCACUGAAAUCUUUUUGUAUAGAUUUGAGUACUUUAAUUUGCACUAUAUUACCAAAUGGCUCUUUGGAAGCUAUGUUUAUUAAUUUCCUCUCUUGGGCUACUUGUGAUAAGGAAAUAAAAUAUGUUGGUUCAGGUUGAUAUAUGAAUGCAAGACACUGAUAGAGCCUUUCAACUGUUAAAAAAAAGGGAUCUGGGGAAUUCAUCCUCUUGAUAGCAAACUGGACCAUGUGAGGAUUAGUGAAGUUUCUGAUUAUUUAGAUGCAUUUUUGUGCAGUGUUUUAGCUUUUUAAAACAGUUUUAGCAGGAGCCUGUUUGAUCCCAAUGUGAUAUUAUCGUAAGUAAAGUUGUACAUAUGUGGUAGUGUUGAUUAUAUUUUCCAAGUCUCCAAAAUUCUUAAAAGUGCUUUCAUGUCUCAGCUGAGUAGCUCCUGAGACACAAGGUUUUCCAGGUCUUUGCUAUCAAGAGGAUGUGAUGUCCCAGCUCUGCCUGCUGCCUACAGACUGGUCCUUUGUGAAAGAUGUUCUGUGUUGUUUCUGACUGCUUGGUUUCAUAUGUGAUGCCCACAGAGGCUGCAACCCGCUGCUGGUUCCUUCAGAUAAUAGAGCACUUAAAAACUGGCCUCUCACCUCUCACCUCCUCAUCACACUCCUUUUGGCUCAGGGCCGUAAAUUUUCUGGAGCUUAACUUCACAAUUCAGUUAAUUCAGCAGCUUUAUAGGAAAAAAAACAGUGAGACUCAAAGAGCAUGUGACCCUCUGUUAAUAUAUAGGCUGAUACCACAAAAUAAUGCUUCUGUAAAACACGCCCCUCCUGGUUGAUGUGUUCGUCCGUGGGCAUGUACUGUACAUGAGCGGCUUCUGCCAUGUUUCUGUCUCCAUCCCUAUCUGAGCCAUGUUGAGCAUGUUGGAUGUGUCUGUGAGGACGUGUUGAUGAUCAAUGAGAAUGUUUUCAGCAGCACUUCUUUGCAAAGGAUCGUUACCUCUGAACAAUGCUGUGCCUUUGUUGUAAGCUAGCCUUGCCAACGACUCGAAAAACGUGAACUGAUUUCCUUUUUUUUUAAAUGUAUCAUAAGUGCAAGCCUGAUUCAAGUGGAUUGAAUAUUAUUGCUGAUACUAUGUUGUAUGAGAUUCAUCUUGUUCUGUAUCAUAUUUAUAUUUUCCAGAUCUCCAUUGUCAGUUUUGAUAUUUUAAUAUUAGAUUUUUUUUUUUUUCUUAUUUAAUUUUUUUUACACAAGCUGUGAAAACAAUUCUGCACUUUAAUCCUGAACGUGAACAUUUAAACUCUGAGGAGGCGACUGUUUUUUUCCCUUUUGUCACAGCUAAAAAUAAAACUGUUGCUCCUUAAACAAACCAAA